AGUUCAGUGUGCGAGUUUUCUGCAGGAGGUCAUCUUGGCCUAAACCAUUCCGGGACCAAUAGUAUUGUUAAAUCUUUUAAAGCGCCCCAAACUUCCAGGAGUGCAGAUUCGAAGGUCUUAAGUGGAAGUAAUAGUGGGUAUGUGAUUGGUGGGGAAGAGGACGCGAGCAGUAUUUCUGAAGAAGGGGAAUCAGAGGCCAAGGUAUUGAUUCCGGCUUUGCCUGAUGAAUCCAAUGGUGAACGGGGAGCUCUUAUAAGCAGCUGUUUUUGGGAGUGGAAGCCGAAGCUAACUGUGCACUAUGAGAAGGCAGGGUGUGAAAACGUAGGGUCUCCGCCAGUCUUGUUUCUUCCUGGUUUUGGGGUUGGUUCAUUUCAUUAUGAGAAGCAAUUAAAGGAUUUAGGUCGCGACUUUAGAGUAUGGGCAUUGGAUUUUCUCGGACAGGGAAGGUCAUUACCAUUUGAAGAUCCUGCACCUCAGUAUAACAGAGAAAAUGACCUAGAAGGGAAGGAGACUCUGUGGGGAUUUGGAGAGAAAACGGAGCCGUGGGCAAGUCAGCUGGUUUAUUCAAUUGACUUAUGGCGGGAUCAAGUUCAAUACUUUGUGGAGGAGGUCAUUGGAGAACCGGUUUAUGUUGUCGGGAAUUCACUUGGAGGAUUCGUCGCACUAUACUUUGCAGCAAGCAACCCACACUUGGUCAAGGGUGUUACCCUGCUGAAUGCAACCCCCUUUUGGGGGUUUCUUCCUAACCCUGUGAGAUCUCCAAGACUGGCUAGGAUAUUUCCAUGGGCUGGGACAUUUCCUCUGCCUUCCAGAGUUAGAAAGCUCACAGAACUCGUUUGGCAGAAAAUAAGUGAUCCAGGGAGCAUAGCCGAGGUGCUCAAGCAAGUUUAUGCAGAUCAUUCAACAGAUGUCGACAAAGUCUUUUCCUGUAUACUUGAAACAGCAGAACAUCCAGCUGCUGCUGCCUCGUUUGCCUCCAUCAUGUUUGCUCCUCAGGGACAAUUAUCCUUCAACGAGGCUCUAUCUGGAUGUCGGAAGAACAAUAUACCUGUCUGCCUUAUGUAUGGAAAAGAAGAUCCAUGGGUGAAGCCUGUCUGGGGCCUUCAGGUUAAAAGACAAGUUCCUGAAGCUCCAUAUUAUGAGAUCAGCCCUGCAGGUCACUGCCCUCAUGAUGAAGUUCCUGAGGUGGUGAAUUAUUUGUUACAAGGAUGGAUCAAGAACCUAGAAUCGCAGGGCUCAGUGGCAUUGCCUCUGCUUGACGACCUGGAAACUAUUCAGCAUACCACUCCGAAGGAUUUAGAAUUUGUCAGAGGAGGAGAAAAAAGAUCCGUCAAAGUGAGAUUCAUCGAAUCAACAUCCUUACCUUGGAAUAGGAUAAGCUCUUUUAUCGGAUCUCAUGUUGGGAAAUUAAAACUGAAAUCUUGAUUUUGGAGCCUAGGUUGGGAGAAGAAAUGUGAGAUGAAUACUCAAAACUGCAAAUGUAGUCUUUUAAAUUGAUAUUUUCAUCUGUAUGUAAAGGUUUGUAAUCAAGGGCUUUCUAUUGUUUCAGAUUAACACGAUGUAACUAGUGAAAGGGAAAUGUUAAUGUCGUGGUCAUCACUAUGCACAAUUACACAUUUCAGAUUUAGAAUUAUGAUCUACUUUUAAA